AUGACAAUAAAACUCGGGCUUUUUAGAGGCCUUGGUAGGCCAUUGCUACGACCGAUUCAGCAACAUGGAUCUCUGUGUACUCCUAGAAUAAAGAGAACAUUUGCGACAGUCGAAGACGACUUCAAUGCGAGGAACUUCGAUGUCAUUGUCGUUGGUGGUGGUCAUGCCGGCUCGGAAGCAAGCGCUGCCGCUGCGCGUGCUGGCGCUCGUACUGCUCUCAUCACCCCCGAUAUCAACAAUCUCGGCGUCUGCUCGUGCAACCCAAGUUUUGGUGGCAUCGGAAAGGGCACCAUCUUACGGGAGAUUGACGCGCUAGAUGGAUUGGCUGGGCGGAUAAUUGACAAGGCUGGCGUACAGUUCAGGGUGUUGAACCGCAAGAAGGGUCCUGCUGUCUGGGGUCCCCGAGCGCAGAUCGACCGCUCUCUGUACAAAAAGUACAUGCGCGAGGAGCUGCAGUCAUAUCCUAACUUGUCUGUCAUUCUCGGCCGCGUCUCCGAUAUCGUCACUGCCGAUGCACAUGACGACCCUAACGCUGAUGGUGCAAAGAGCAAGAUUACAGGCAUCCGCCUGGAGUCGGGCGAAACGCUCACCACAAACCAGGUUGUAAUUACGACAGGCACCUUUUUGGGAGGCGAGAUUCAUAUUGGCCUCGAGUCAUGGCCCUCUGGUCGGAUUGGUGAGCCUCCAACCUACGGUCUGAGUAAGUCGUUGCGCGCAGCGGGCUUUAAGCUUGGCCGACUCAAGACAGGCACUCCCCCCCGGUUACACAAAAACAGCAUCAAGUGGAACAUUUUGGAACCGCAGGCGGGUGAUGAGCCCCCGGUGCCUUUCAGUUACAUGGAUGACGAGGUUGCCGUUAAGGACCAGCUACUCUGCUAUGCGACAUACACCAAUACUGCUACUCACGACAUUGUUCGUGCCAACCUAGACAAAACUAUCCAUAUCCGCGAGACUGUUAAGGGGCCACGGUACUGCCCCUCGCUCGAGUCGAAGAUAAUUCGGUUCGGUGACCGUGAGCGCCAUAUUGUCUGGCUCGAGCCCGAAGGCUUCGAUACCGAUGUCAUCUAUCCAAAUGGUCUCAGCAUGACAGUUCCUGCCCAAGCCCAGGAGCAGCUCCUCCGGACGAUCCGUGGCCUUGAGGACGUGGUCAUGUUGCAACCAGGCUAUGGCGUCGAGUAUGAUUAUGUCGACCCGCGCAGCCUCAAGCGCUCACUCGAGACCAAGGCCAUCAGAGGUUUGUGGUUGGCCGGCCAGAUUAAUGGCACGACUGGCUAUGAAGAAGCUGCUGGGCAGGGUAUUCUCGCUGGCAUUAAUGCAGGCCGUGCCUCGAAGGGUCUGCCACCCAUUACCCUCUCUCGUGCUGACGCCUAUAUCGGCAUCAUGAUCGACGACCUCAUCACCAAGGGCGUCUCCGAACCCUACCGCAUGUUCACCUCCCGCAGCGAGUUCCGGCUGUCUGCCCGUCCAGACAAUGCCGACGUGCGCCUUACUCCUCUCGGUCGUGAGGCCGGCGUAGUGUCAGACGCGCGCUGGUCGCGGUUUUCCGACGACCGGGCAUGUGCCGAGCACCUCUUGCGCCUACUACGCAAGACGUCCUUGACCGUGAGCCAGUGGCGUGCCGCCGGCCUGCCGAUCAACCCCGUCCGCGACGAGACCCGCCGCCGUGACGGGUUUGAGGCGUUGCGCAUGCCUGGCGUCCAGCCAUCGCAUCUGCGUCUCAUCCUCCCCUUCCUUAAAAACCACUCUUCCCUGUCAGCUGCCUCGGCAGAUUUCCCCGACCGCAUUAUCGACCGCGUCGCUAUCGAAGCCGUUUACGAGCCUUAUGUUCGCAUGCAGGAAAGUGAAGCGGCACGGCUACGUCGCGAUGAGGGCUUGUGCUUGCCUCCUGAUCUGGAUUACGAUUCCGUCUUUGGGCUGUCGAUCGUCGAAAAGCAGGUGCUCAAGGAGGCGCGGCCGGAGAACAUUGCUCAGGCGAAGAGGAUUGAGGGUGUCACGCCCGCAGGUCUUGUCAGACUGCUAAAGUAUACGACGAGGGGCUCUUCGUGGGAUAAGAGUUCGGCGGAGAGUGUGGUGGUUGAGGGUCUGGAUAUGAGCGGGGUUGAAGAUCUGGAAGCUCUGGAUGCCAGAAGUCGGGUUGAGGAUAUGAAAGGACUGUAA